CGAGAGGACGUUGCGUGCUCGCUCGCGCCAGGCGAGUCUCCGCGUCUCCCUCGCGAACUCGGUGAAAGGAAUUGGCGCCGUUCGACACCAGGCGGAUCCGCUCUGCAGCACGAACCCACCUCCAGCCGCAGCCGCAGCCGCCGCCCGGGCCAAGGAGCAGCCGCAGCCGCCGCCAGUGGCCGAGUGAGCGGAGCCGAGUUUGAGCCAGCGCCUAGCGGUGAAUCGGGGCCUCACCAUGAGUUCCUCGCCUGUUAAUGUGAAAAAGCUGAAGGUGUCGGAGCUGAAGGAGGAGCUCAAGAAGCGGCGCCUGUCCGACAAGGGCCUCAAGGCCGAGCUCAUGGAGCGUCUCCAGGCCGCGCUGGACGACGAGGAGGCCGGGGGCCGCCCCGCCAUGGAGCCCGGGAACGGCAGCCUAGACCUGGGCGGGGAUUCCGCCGGGCGCUCGGGAGCAGGCCUCGAGCAGGAGGCCGCGGCCGGCGGCGACGACGACGAGGAGGAAGAGGAGGAGGAGGAGGAAGGGAUCGCCGCCUUGGAUGGCGACCAGAUGGAGCUCGGGGAGGAGAACGGCGCCGCGGGGGCGGCCGACUCGGGCCCGAUGGAGGAGGAAGAGGCCGCCUCGGAGGACGAGAACGGCGACGACCAGGGCUUCCAAGAAGGGGAGGAUGAGCUCGGAGAAGAGGAGGAAGGCGCGGGCGACGAGAACGGGCACGGGGAGCAGCAGCCUCAACCGCCGGCGGCGCCGCAGCAACAACCCCAGCAGCAGCGCGGGGCCGCCAAGGAGGCCGCGGGGAAGAGCAGCGGCCCCACGUCGCUGUUCGCGGUGACGGUGGCGCCGCCCGGGGCGAGGCAGGGCCAGCAGCAGGCGGGAGGUAAGAAGAAGGCGGAAGGCGGCGGAGGCGGCGGUCGCCCCGGGGCUCCGGCGGCGGGAGACGGCAAAACAGAACAGAAAGGCGGAGAUAAAAAAAGAGGUGUUAAAAGACCUCGAGAAGAUCAUGGCCGUGGCUAUUUUGAGUACAUUGAAGAGAACAAGUAUAGCAGAGCCAAAUCUCCUCAGCCACCUGUUGAAGAAGAAGAUGAACACUUCGACGACACAGUGGUUUGUCUUGACACUUAUAAUUGUGAUCUACAUUUUAAAAUAUCAAGAGAUCGCCUCAGUGCUUCUUCCCUUACCAUGGAGAGUUUUGCUUUUCUGUGGGCUGGAGGAAGGGCAUCUUAUGGUGUGUCAAAAGGCAAAGUCUGUUUUGAGAUGAAGGUUACAGAGAAGAUCCCAGUGAGGCAUUUAUAUACGAAAGAUAUUGAUAUACAUGAAGUUCGGAUUGGGUGGUCACUAACCACAAGUGGAAUGUUGCUUGGUGAAGAAGAAUUUUCUUAUGGGUACUCUCUAAAAGGAAUAAAAACAUGCAACUGUGAGACUGAAGAUUACGGAGAGAAGUUUGAUGAAAAUGAUGUGAUUACAUGUUUUGCUAACUUUGAAAGUGAUGAAGUAGAACUGUCUUAUGCAAAGAAUGGACAAGAUCUUGGCAUUGCCUUCAAAAUCAGUAAGGAGGUUCUUGCUGGACGACCACUCUUCCCGCAUGUUCUGUGCCACAACUGUGCAGUUGAAUUUAAUUUUGGUCAGAAGGAAAAGCCAUAUUUUCCAAUACCUGAAGACUAUACUUUUAUCCAGAAUGUCCCCUUGGAGGAUCGAGUUAGAGGACCAAAGGGGCCUGAAGAGAAGAAAGAUUGUGAAGUGGUUAUGAUGAUUGGCUUGCCAGGAGCUGGAAAAACUACCUGGGUUACUAAACAUGCAGCAGAAAAUCCUGGUAAAUACAACAUUCUUGGAACAAACACCAUAAUGGAUAAAAUGAUGGUGGCAGGUUUUAAGAAGCAAAUGGCAGAUACUGGAAAGCUGAACACGCUGUUGCAGAGAGCUCCACAGUGUCUUGGAAAGUUUAUUGAGAUUGCUGCCCGUAAGAAGCGAAAUUUCAUUUUGGAUCAGACAAAUGUGUCUGCUGCUGCCCAGAGGAGAAAAAUGUGCCUCUUUGCAGGCUUCCAACGAAAAGCUGUUGUAGUUUGCCCAAAAGAUGAAGACUAUAAGCAGAGAACACAGAAGAAGGCGGAAGUAGAGGGGAAAGACCUACCAGAACAUGCAGUUCUCAAAAUGAAAGGAAACUUUACUCUGCCAGAAGUAGCUGAGUGCUUUGAUGAAAUAACCUAUGUUGAACUUCAGAAGGAAGAAGCCCAGAAACUUUUGGAGCAAUAUAAGGAAGAAAGCAAAAAGGCUCUUCCACCGGAAAAGAAACAGAACACAGGCUCAAAGAAGAGCAAUAAAAAUAAGAGUGGCAAGAACCAGUUUAACAGAGGCGGUGGGCAUAGAGGACGUGGUGGAUUCAAUAUGCGUGGUGGAAAUUUCAGAGGAGGAGCUCCUGGGAAUCGUGGUGGAUAUAACAGGAGGGGCAACAUGCCACAGCGAGGUGGUGGUGGUGGCGGAAGUGGUGGAAUUGGCUAUCCAUAUCCUCGUGGCCCUGUCUUUCCCAGCCGAGGCGGUUAUUCAAACAGAGGGAACUACAACAGAGGUGGAAUGCCUAACAGAGGGAACUACAACCAGAACUUCAGAGGACGAGGAAACAAUCGUGGCUACAAAAAUCAAUCUCAGGGCUACAACCAGUGGCAGCAGGGUCAAUUCUGGGGUCAGAAGCCAUGGAGUCAGCAUUAUCACCAAGGAUAUUAUUGAAUACCCAAAUAAAACGAACUGAUACAUAUUUCUCCAAAACCUUCACAAGAAGUCGACUGUUUUCUUUAGUAGGCUAACUUUUUAAACAUUCCACAAGAGGAAGUGCCUGCGGGUUCCUUUUUUAGAAGCUUUGUGGGUUGAUUUUUUUUUUUCUUUUCUUUUUUGUACAUUUUUAAUUGCAGUUUUAAAGUGAAUCGUAAGAGAACCUCAGCAUUGUGCACGAUAAGAGAAUGUGUCAGUAUUUCAGGGUUCUACAUUUUAUCUGUAAAAUGUGACUUUUUUUUUUUAUCACAACAAAAGUAAAAUGUUGCUUUGUACCUGGUGUCUUUUAUUAAGAAUUUACUCCCCCCCAUUUCUCACAGAGAUAACAGUCGGGAGUCAUUGUCACAAUAUAAUAGAAAUGUUAGCAACCAGAUUCAUGUAAGGACUUAGUGGUCCUCAUGAAUUGCAUAAGACUCUGUACUGCUCAUAUUACACUCCAUCCUCUCUGUAGUUUGCUGAGUAGUGGAGGGGUAAGCUAAAUAGUAGUUUUUGACAGUAACUGGGAAGGCUCUUUCUUUUUAAGUAACAAUGGAAUUGGCAUAUUUGGGAAUGAAGAUAAAAUUUGGAACUAAGAUAGAGAAGAUGGAGUGUAUGUAGAAGGGCUGUUAAAAAAUGUAAAACUUGGUUGCAUUAUUUGUGGAGGCUCAAACUUGUGAAGGUUUAAGUACCAUAAUUUUUCCAUUUGUUCUGCAUUUUGAUUCUGAAAAGAAAGCUGGCUUUGCCCAUUUCUUAUUAAAAAAACUUGUUGUAAA